AUGGGUGGGCCUUCGAACCCAGUUUCUGAAGUCGACUCUGCACCAGUCGAGCCAGCACCACAAAUGGGUUAUGCUAACCCAAUUCCUUCAUAUCCAAGUGCAGCUGGGUAUAACCCUUUUGAGCAGCCAACUUAUUCUGGUUACAACUACAACAAUGCCCCUACCAUUGACCCGUAUCUCGAGGUAGCCAACUACAAUGCUCUCUACCCUGGACCCUUUCCAGCUACGUACCCAACUGGGUACCCCGAAUAUGGGUAUCAAUACCCACCACCUCCUCAUCCUCAGCAGCAGCUGCAACCGCCGCAGCCGCCACAGAUCCAACCACCACCGCAGCAAGAAAUCCUUCAGCGGUUGCACGUGGUGGAGCAAAAGGUAGACGAGGAGCGUAGGAGCCGCCGCGGUCUACUAAAGGGUUUGGCAAACCUUAUAAAGGGGAAGAAGAAGAGGGAUUAUUAA